AUGAGGUCUAUCAAUGAAGGGCGCGAGAAAGUUUCCCUGGUGGUGUACCCCGAGGGCACCACCUGCAAAGGUAGCGUCCUGCUGCCCUUCAAGCAUGGCGCCUUCGGUGCGCUGGUACCACUGCACCCUUUGCUUGUGGUGCUAGAGUAUAGCUACUUGGACAUCGCCUACGAUGUUUUCUCCUGGCAGUGGUGGACGAUUCACGCCUGCUGCUCGCCAGCGAGCGUGCGACUCAUUGCUUACUGGCUGCCGGCCAUCCAGCCUCCGACCGAGGAGGAGGUUGCGCGGAAGGGGGCGCACGAGUGCGUGCGGGAGUAUGCGAUCUACGCCAACCGUGUCAUGCGUGAGGCCAUCGCCAAACUGAACCCCCAUGCCGACCUCGAGCACUUGCAAAAGAGGGACGUUAUUGUGUCACCUACUCUGCGCGGUAAGCUGACAGCUCGUUUGUAUGGCCCUGUAAUGCAGCGCCACUACGAGCUCACUGACGCGGAGGUGCACAAGACUGAAGAGGUGGUUUUCCACUAA